AUGAUUAGCCCGCCUGCCGCGGGGUAUCAACGAACGUUUCAUGAGCCUGCGCCUGCCAACAUCAUCAGCGUCUACUGUCCACCGUCAAUGACCAGCUCUGAUGAGACAAAGACCAAGUUCUGUGAAGACCUUCACGCCCUCCUGGUGACUAUGCCGAGGGAUGACAAGUUGACUGUCCUUGGAGACCUCAAUUUCCGCGUCAAGACAGAUUACGUUGCAUGGAGGUGAGUGCCAGAUACCCACAGAAUCGUCGGUUGUAACGGAAACGGUGAGAUCGAUAGGACGUGCUGGCGACCAAGGCUAUCUGAGGCGCCGACAGUUGGGGUGACCACCAUCCUUUCCCCGAUGCUCCGAUAACAACUCCACCGGAGACAACAGCACAUGCGACCAUCAAGUAAGUUAAAUACUGCUCUGUUGAAUUUGUCCGCUCACCGGUUCGAUGGCAGCAAUCAAUCAGCUCAGCACCGUGAAAACUGUCUGCGUCGGAUGAUAACGCCACCGCGGAGACUCACUUGUAUCAACCGCGGAAUGCCAUCAAAUUCACUGCCCUGGACGCCAUUGGAUGAUCACGUCGCCAACACGAGGAUUAGCUCGAUGAUAAUGACGCAGACCGUCUCAGAAGCAUUCGCAGUAGACGAGGUGAAACAGGAUUAUGUUCAUGCUCUCAAACGCUUAGGCUCCACGUUCACUGCCAUGUUGAUGGAGGUCUGUCGAAAUGAGCGCCCCGCAAUCGGCAUUGAUAGCCGGAACAUGCAGAUUUCUACGUGUCUCUCCACAAAUGCUGUCCACGACCUGUCCUUCACGAAAGAUUGCACAGUCAACACCGAGACAGAAGUUGACAUUCAAUGA